CGCGGCUCCCCGCUCCUCUCCGCCUGCCCGCGCUCUCCCGCGCUCCGCCGCCGCAGCGCCGGGACCGAAGGGACCCUCUCGGCUGCACCGCACCGCCGGCCCAGCAGGACACUGCAGUCCGCCGCCUCGCGCCAGUCCGACCGCCGCGGCCACCUGCGCACCGAUGGAGCUGGACCACAGGACGAGCGGCGGCCUCCACGCCUACCCCGGGCCGCGGGGCGGGCCGGCGGCCAAGCCCAACGUGAUCCUGCAGAUCGGUAAGUGCCGGGCCGAGAUGCUGGAGCACGUGCGGAGGACCCACCGGCACCUGCUGACCGAGGUGUCCAAGCAGGUGGAGCGGGAGCUGAAGGGGCUGCACCGGUCGGUCGGGAAGCUGGAGAGCAACCUGGACGGCUACGUGCCCACCGGCGACUCGCAGCGUUGGAGGAAGUCCAUCAAGGCCUGCCUGUGUCGCUGCCAGGAGACCAUCGCCAACCUGGAGCGCUGGGUCAAGCGGGAGAUGCACGUGUGGCGGGAGGUCUUCUACCGGCUGGAGAAGUGGGCCGACCGCCUGGAGUCCAUGGGCGGCAAGUACCCGGUGGGCAACGAGCCGUCUCGCCACACCGUCUCAGUGGGCGUCGGGGGUCCAGAGGGCUACUGUCAGGAGGCAGACGGCUACGACUACCCGGUCAGCCCCUACGCCAUCACCCCUCCGCCGGCUGCUGGGGAGCUGCCAGGACAGGAGCCCGGGGAGGACCAGCAGUACCCGCCCUGGGGGAGCAGUGAGGACGGGCAGCCGAGCCCCGGCGUGGACACGCAGAUCUUCGAGGACCCGAGGGAGUUCCUCAGCCACCUGGAGGAGUACCUGCGCCAGGUAGGCGGCUCGGAGGAGUACUGGCUGUCGCAGAUCCAGAACCACAUGAACGGGCCGGCCAAGAAGUGGUGGGAGUUCAAGCAGGGCUCGGUGAAGAACUGGGUGGAGUUCAAGAAAGAGUUCCUUCAGUACAGCGAGGGCACGCUGUCCCGGGAGGCCAUCCAGCGGGAGCUGGACCUGCCGCAGAAGCAGGGGGAGCCGCUGGACCAGUUCCUGUGGCGCAAGCGGGACCUGUACCAGACGCUGUACGUGGACGCAGAGGAGGAGGAGAUCAUCCAGUACGUGGUGGGCACCCUGCAGCCCAAGCUCAAGCGCUUCCUGCGCCACCCGCUGCCCAAGACCCUGGAGCAGCUGAUCCAGCGAGGCCGGGAAGUGCAGGACGGCCUGGAGCAGGGGGCCGAGCCCACCGGCACCCCUGUCCCCACCGAGGAUGAGCCCGACGCCCUCACACCGGCCCUCACCAGCGAGUCCGUGGCCAGUGACCGGACCCAGCCCGAGUAGAGGCCAGCCCAGGCCCCGGCCUGCCCACCGGACCCCACCUGUGGCCUUCGCCAGCCAGGACUGUUGAGCUUGGCUGACCCCUGCACGGGGAGCCUCUCUUCCUCACCCGGCUGGGCACCCGACCUCAGCCUGCCAGCCUGACUCCCACAGAGACAUGCCGUCCAGCUGUGGGCGGCAACCCCCACGCAGCAAAGGGCCCCCGCCCCGUCACCUGCCUUCUGUCUAUCUUUCCUGGCCUCCGAUGCCCCCAUCCACUCCCUGCACACUCUCUGGCCACCACAGGAUCUCCCAGCCUCGUUCUGCUCACCCCCACCGCCCGCCCCCUGGGCACUCAGAAAUCAAGUGUGCAGAUGGCCCAGUCCAGUGAGCGCCAAGCCCAAGGGGCAGCCCCAGAGCAGAAGCUGAGACAGCACCAGCGCCGCCUCCCUCUGGGGCAGUUGCCGCGCAGCCGGCUGCAGCCGGCGGCUGGCACUCUUGCCGCCGCCCAGGGCAGCCGGCCAGCCUCCGGCAGCGGCGAGCCUCGCUCCUGCUGGCAGAAAGCCAGAGUCUCCGGAGCCUCCGGCUCGGCGGCAGCAGCAGCAGCAGCAGCAGCAGCAGCAGCAGCAGCUCCGCGGCUGCAGACCUGGCGUCCUGGUGCCUCCUGGCUCCUCAGUGAUCCAGCCCAGCCUGGAAAAGAAUCGCCUGGGCUCCAGGACUCACUGCGGAGGGUCCCACGGGGCCUGAGUCCUCAAACUCCGCUGAGGAGCCAGGAGAGUGACGACAGGUCUUAAGGCUCCUACAGAGCCUUCGCUGCUGAGCCUGGUGCAGUCCCUCCCCCUCCCCCCGCAAGCUGCCUGCACACAAGAAGGAGACCCCGAGGUCAGCAGAGGCGCCGCAGAGAGGGCGCGACCGGCAGAGAGCUGGUGAUGAAGACAUGCCAGCGUGAGGGCCAGGGCCUGCCCCGCUGGCCACCAGCCUGCCCGCCCCCAUGGCCACUGUGGCUGGAGUUGGGGCCUGCUACUGCAGGGCCUGUCUCACUCCAGCCCCGGAAGCCCUGCCCACGGCACGGCGGCCACCCUCUCCUGCCAGAGCUUUCCAGGAGAUUUGAGGCUGAGGCCACAGCCCCAGCCCCUGCCCACAGCCCCAGGCCCGGGCCCCACCGCAGGAGAUCUCAGAAGCCCUGCACCCGGGGUUUAAGGGGGCUCUCUGCCAGGCCCCACCACUGCUGGGGCCCAGACCCCCAGCUCUGCCGGCACGAACGCCCUGGUGCUGGCCGGCCACUCAUGUCUGCAGGCCAAGCAGGCCCUGGCUGGGGGUUCUCCUUUCUGUCCAGCUGGUGGGGGGUUCCAGAUUUAGGAGAAUGAUGGCUGCCAGCCCCUCCAUCCUGCACCCCUGCCGGCGCCCCCCCCCAGAUUUUAUUUUUGUACAUAAGCCAUAACCCAGGGGUGCAGGGAGGCCCUGGGGUCCUCAGUAGUGUGUGUGGCCUGUCCCCCCCCCACCCGGCGGGUCUGGCCUUGAAUGUAGGGCCGGGCCACGUGUACCUCAUCACCUUACCUGAAGACAGACUCUUUUGUAAGAUUUUGUUAAUAAAACAAUGAAAC